UUAGAAUUGCGGAUUUCCAUUGUUCAUCUUUUAUUUACUUUUGAUGUAUGGUUUUGUUUUGCUAUCAAGUUCAGGGUGCUUUGGACUAUAAAAAGGCAUCUGACAGUCUGGAAAAAUACAGUCGCUUUUGUUUCACAGACCCACAAUGAAGCUAACGAUCUAUUUAUUGGCCGUGGUCCUUUUCGCUGGAUUCCUGGCUCUUCCGUCGGCAUCGGCUCAAAACUCAACUGACACCUCAAACACCACGACUACCACCACCACAACCACGACCACGACUGCCGCACCAAGCACUGUGCACAGGAAGCGCAUAACCCUCAAGAAUGUGCACUACAAAGUUGUUCGAAGGAUUAAAGUCAAAAAGAGUGGUUAAAAACAGAGUCAAAUAAAAGGGAUAUACAAAAAUAAAA